GUACCGGUGGAUCAGUCUUAAAAAAGCAACACUGCACCGGCAAACCAGUAUCAGUAAAUUAAACGGCUCGAUCUUCCCGAAAUGGCGUAUCGACUAGCCAUUCUCUCAAGAGCAAGAAACGGUCUCCUCUUCAUCAACAAAAAUCGUGUGCAAGUAAAUGUAGAAGGUCAUCGUGUGUUGUGCAAUGGAAUGAGAGUGAGAUUCAAAACUGCUGCAGCAGCUGCGACAAAGCCUCAGAAUGUUCAGAGUCAGACUAAUCACAAUGUGGAAGUUGUGGACCAAGUUCAAGAUCAUGAAGAUGCUGGAAGUAAAAGAUUGUCUCCUGCACCCGAAACCAGAAAGGGCAUGACGGGUUUAGAUCUGUCAUUUUCACAACCUGAAAUUGCAUACAGCAGCAAGACAACUCUGGAACUAUUACGAUCAAUCAUGGUUCUCAAACUUUGUCAGUUUGACUUUCUUGUCAAAUACAAUAAACAGUUACUGGAUUUCUCCAGGAAAAUUCUUGGAAAGCGUUUAUUUGAAGCAUUGAUGAAGGCAACCUUCUAUGGCCAUUUUGUAGCAGGGGAAGAUCAGCCAUCGAUCAAACCAAAAGUUGAACGUUUGAAUCGCUAUGGGGUAGGAGCCAUCUUGGAUUACAGCGUCGAGGAAGAUAUCCCUCACAAUCAGGCUGUAGAUGCAGAGAUGGAAUCCUGCAUUUCAGAAGCUGAUCACGACGAGAAAGAUGAUGAUAAACAUCUGAAGCAGUUCAUGGCCCAUCCAGAGUUUGGUGAUCGUCGCGAAGGAGUCUCCAGUGCCAGGACCUAUUUCUAUACCGAUGAGAAGAAAUGUGAUGAUAACUUGGAAACAUUGAUGGAGUGUAUUCGUGUUGCUGGUGCCACCUCAGAUGAUGGUUUUUGUGCAGUGAAACUGACAGCAUUAGGAAGACCACAAAUCCUGUUAAACUUGUCCGAGGUGAUAGUUCGUACUCGUCAGGUGUUUCUUAGGAUGUCCGGCCAAGAAGAGAACCCGACUGUAGACCUCAUGUCUCAUCGCUUGACCAAGGACCAGUUCACACAUGAAUUAGAAACCAUGGGUAUAACAUCUAGGGAUGAAUCAGGUGUGUGGUUUACCUGGAUCGAUGACGAUAAAGACGGGUGGAUUGAUCUUUUGGAUUGGGAAUGUCUUGUGCAACCAGAUCUCAAGCUCUCAAAGAUCCUCAAAGCUCCAAGGAUAGAGGGUGACAAGUUGGAACUGCUUCAGUUUAUUCUGACAGAGGAGGAGGAACAACAAACCAAGCGUAUGUUACAGAGGGUCAAUGAACUAGCCAAGUGUGCGAGAGAUAAGAAUGUUCGUGUGAUGGUGGAUGCAGAGCAGACAUACUUUCAGCCAGCUAUCAGUAGACUUACCAUAGAAAUGAUGAGAAAGUUUAAUCGCGAGAAGCCUGUCAUCUACAACACAUAUCAGUGCUAUCUCAGGCAUGCCUAUAAUUGCCUGAAAGCUGACAUGGAACUGGCUCGCAGGGAAGGGUUCCACUUCGGUGCCAAGCUGGUCAGAGGAGCUUACAUGGACCAGGAACGCAAACGCGCCGAGGACAUAGGCUACGACGAUCCCAUCAAUCCUACCUAUGAAGCCACCAAUGAAAGCUACCAUAGAUGUCUUGACAUGGCACUGGAUACUAUAAAGACCAGGGGUCAGACAAACAUCAUGGUGGCAUCACACAACCAGGAUACAGUGAGGCAUGCUGUACAAAGGAUGGAGGAGCUUGGUAUUGGUCCUAAAGAUAGAUUAGUCUACUUCGGUCAGCUCUUAGGAAUGUGUGAUCAAGUUUCCUUUCCUCUAGGUAAGAUGGGGUAUGCAGUUUACAAGUACGUACCAUAUGGUCCUGUGGAUGAUGUUCUACCAUAUCUAUCCCGUAGAGCGCAAGAGAACAGCGGGAUGCUCAAAGGUGUUACUCAAGAACGAAAGCUUAUGAGGCAGGAAUUGACAAGGAGAAUCACAACGGGACAGUUGUUCCAUAAACCUUGAUUGUCUAAAGUCUUUCCCCAGGAUCAGUCCUAGUGAUAAAUUCUUCAUUUGCUUUCUGUCUUCUUUAUUAAGAGCCUCAUCCGGUACAUUUCCAUUCUGUGGUGAUUUGGUAUUUUGCCCUCUGAAUGUUUCCCUUAGAUUAUAAUCCAUAUGUCAUGUGUUUUAUUUAUUUCAUAUUUAAAAUAUUUAAAAUCAU